GGCUGGUCGAUUAUAAAGCAGCAUCUGGCCCAUCGUGGGUGUGCCAGUGAAGCCUCUUGCUCUGUGACCCACACAGCUCUGCUUCCUUUUUUAAAAAGUUCACACUUCUUAUUUUUAAACUCGCCCUAUCUGGUUUGACCCGUUCAGAGUGGACCUGUGAUUGACAUGCCAGUACCUGCCAGCUUCAAUGACAUCACUCAGGAUCCCAACCUGCGGCGAUUCAUCGGCUGGGUGUGGUAUGAGAAGGAGGUGCUGCUUCCCAAGCACUGGCUUCAGGACACCUUCAAGACCCGGGUGGUGCUUCGGGUGGGCAGCGCCCAUUACUAUGCCAUAGUGUGGGUCAAUGGAGUGCAGGUUGUGGAGCAUGAAGGGGGCCACCUCCCCUUUGAAGCUGACAUAAGCACCAUUGUUCAAGCCAGCCCUGGAGAUCCAUGCCGCAUCACCAUCGCAGUCAACAACACGCUGUCGCCAUACACUCUGCCUCCUGGGACGAUUCAGUACCUGAAGGAUGAGUCUAAGUAUCCCAAGGGCUACUUUGUACAGAACACCAAGUUUGAUUUUUUCAACUAUGCGGGAAUUCACCGCCCGGUUGUGGUGUACACAACCCCUGUUGCCUACAUAGACGACAUCACUGUGACUACUGCCCUCUCGGGGAACAUCGGUGUGGUGCGAUAUGAGGUAUCGGUGAUUGGCAGCUCACAAUACUCCUUGUCACUGAAUUUACGUGAGAAAGAGGGAAAAGUGGUUGCCACAGGCCAGGAAGCUGUGGGGGAAUUGAAAGUGGUGGAUCCCAAACUUUGGUGGCCUUAUCUGAUGCAUGAAAACCCUGGCUACCUUUACUAUUUAGAGGUUAAAUUGUCAGCCCAGGUGGACGAGGACCUGACUGAGGAUGUGUACACAGUCCCUGUUGGGAUCCGCACUGUACAUGUGACCAGCAGCCAGUUCCUCAUCAACGGGAAACCCUUCUACUUCCACGGAGUCAACAAGCAUGAAGAUGCUGACAUCCGUGGUAAAGGACUGGACUGGUCCCUGAUCGCCAAGGACUUCAACUUGCUGAAGUGGCUUGGAGCUAAUUCCUUCCGCACGAGCCACUAUCCGUAUGCAGAGGAGAUCAUGGAUCUGUGCGACACAUAUGGCAUCGUGGUUAUUGAUGAGUGUCCUGGAGUGGGGAUGAAAGACAUUGAGAACUUCGGGAACCAAUCCUUGGCACAUCAUCUGGUGGUGAUGGAGGAGCUGAUCCGCAGGGAUAAAAACAGGCCAUCGGUCGUGAUGUGGUCUGUAGCCAAUGAGCCCGCCUCAGAGCUGCCUCCAGCAGCUAACUACUUCAAGACAGUGAUAGCUCAUACUAAAGCCAUUGAUCCCACCAGACCUGUAACCUUUGUGUCAAAUGCUAAUUACGCUCGUGAUCACGGUGCUCCUUAUGUUGAUGUAAUUUGUGUAAAUAGCUACUUCUCCUGGUACCACGACUCUGGCCACUUGGAGGUUAUUCAGCUGCAACUCAAUACACAGUUUGAGAACUGGUAUGAAACCUACCACAAACCCAUUAUCCAGAGUGAAUAUGGAGCAGACGCUGUAUCUGGGCUGCACAGUGAUCCACCACUGAUGUUCAGCGAGGAGUACCAGGUAGCAGUGCUGAAGCAAUACCAUGCUGUCUUGGACAAGAAGAGGAAGGAGUAUGUGAUCGGGGAGCUCAUUUGGAACUUUGCUGAUUUCAUGACGGACCAAGCUGUGACACGCGUUUUGGGGAACAAGAAAGGGAUAUUUACUCGUCAACGGCAACCUAAGCCAGCUGCGUUUGUUCUCAGAGACAGAUACUGGAAGCUUGCAAAUGAAUCAAGUUGUCUUCCUCGUACAGUGCAGUAUUAUAACCUAUGAUGUUUGGGAGUAGAGCUCAACAUUUUCAAUAAAUAACAGUUACAUUAUACUACUGUUUCUACUUGUUUCUUCAACAA